CACUUGUUCACUUUUUGCCAAUAUGUCUUCAUUGGGCCAGCAGAUUGAACAAUUAUUUGCGAAAAAAGAACAUUUGGCUGAAGAGAUCAUUAUUAACAAGCAAAUGCUGAUAGAUUAUGAUCGAAAACGUAAUAGUAACCGAGAAGCUUUAAACCAAUUUAAAAAGAAUUUGAAAGAUGAAAAAAAAGUUUGGAUCAACUUGGGUGAUAUGUUUAUCAGAUUACCAACCAAAGAAGCACAACAAGUGAUUGAAAAAGAUCAAACAACACUGACAGAAAAAAUGGAUGAAACAAGAAAAAUCAUCAAGGACAUGGCUACAGAAUUGCAACAACUGGAAGGGAAGAAGGAAAUGCAAGGAUUUAAUUUGACAGGCAUGAGUGCCAAAGAUUUGUAUUCUAUAUAAUUAGAUUUAAAUUUUUAUUUAUG